AUGAAAGUGUAUAAAACCCAAUGGGCUUUGUUAGUGUUGGGUAGCUGUAUCCUUGGAUGUGUGCAGAUCCAGGCAUAUUCUCAGGUGGCGGUGAGCGGAACAGGAGCAGAUCAACAACAAGGACCACGGAUAUUUAAGGCUCUUAAUACUGAUUUAAUAUUUCCAAAAACCUUCAAUUCGAGUGAAAAUGUCGUAUCGACAACGGAGGGGCCGACUACCUCCACUUUGCCGCCCAUACCCUAUAAUCAUCGCAUGGCUCAGGAGCCAGAGAGGGAAGUAGAGACAACUCCAAUAGUAUUUGUUACGCCCUUGAGUGAGACUACGCCCGCAGGAACACAACAGGAGAAAGAAAAGAGCGAAGAGCGGGAGCACGAUGCUCCAUUAGUGGAAGCUGCUUCAACGGGACGUGCUGUCGAUUAUCGUACGGGUUAUCCCUUUGGACAGUUAAUAACUCCAUUGAUUAAAUCGGUCCGACCCCAACAAUAUAUGACACGACCUACACAAAUAAGACCCUACGGCAAAGGUAGUUCUCCUUCUUACUAUCAGGCCUCCAGGCCCAAUUAUAGAAAAGGACAAUUCAGCGAUCGGUUUACUCCUGGUGAGGCAACUGCAGCUGGCCAGUUUAAGGGUCAUCAUCAUCAUCAUGAUCAUUCCCAUGAUGCCAAAGUACCAGCCGGCUCCAAUUCUGUGCCUUCAUAUGCUUCGCCCUCGGAUACCUAUUCAUUUCCUCCAUUGAAUACGAAAUAUCCAUCGCCAUCGCAGGACCCUAAGGCUGCAUUACCCUCGGACACUGUUACCAGUUACCUACCACCUGCUUCGGGCGGACUAAGUAAUGUUGGUUACAACUAUCCGGGACCACCUAUGCCCCCAUCGGGUGGGUAUCAAUAUCCAGGGCCUGUGGCCAAUGGAAAUGGUGAUAAAGAUGCUGCUGCUAGUUCUGCCAAUGCAGCGCCCCCGGCGGAUGAUGAUCCUGGCAAUGAUGAUGUCAUUGGUGUAUUGCCAGCCAGUGCACAGGAUAAUGUCAAGGAUCAAGAAGCUGGCAAAGAUGCUGGCGGCGGUGGAGCUGACAUGGCAGAUUCAAAUAUGGCCAUGGGUGGAGGCGGAGAUGAUAUGGGUCCUCCUGGAGGCGGCGGUGACAAUGGCGGUGGCGAUGAUUCGGCUUUACCCGCUCUGCACAACGAUGGCUCUUCGCACGGCGACGAUGACCACAAAUAUGAUCCGAAUAUGGAAUAUGCUACACCACCGCCUGGUUGGCUGGAAUCCCAUCCAGAGUCUGCUGCACCCAAGCCAGAUCACGAUCAUGACCAUGAUCAUGACCAUGAUCACGAUCAUUACCCAGACCUGCACGAUCAUCAUCCGGAAGUGCACGAUCAUCAUCAUUUUGACUAUCCUUACAGCUCCUAUUCAGAUGACGUUUACCCGGAGGUUAUUUACGAUGAUCAUCCACACCAUCAUCAUCAUCACCAUCCGCAUCCAGCUCCACCUCCUCCUCCGCCACCGCCACCCCCGCCGCCUCCUCCACCCACAGAACCUCCACCACCUCCACCACCACCGCAAGAGCCACGUGUCAAGAAGUACAGUUACUUCUACAUUGGACGCAAACUCUGGUACAUUCCUCUUUAUUUCACGGUUUGGUUCAGUUUCUAUAUUCUCUGGCUGAUUAUCAAAUCUAUUGGCCGUCACAAGGUCAACUUGCCAAAUCACUAUGUUAGUCGUCGUAGUCUCUCGCCACCAGAAUACACCCAGCAGAGCCGGGAUGAGUAUAUUAACAAUUUAACAGUUAAAGUGCUCGAACAAAUAGAUAGCUUUAAGGACAAAUACUUAUAAACAAACCACA